GAGCACCUUGAGUGAUGCCCAAGAAGUUCCAAGGUGAAAAUACCAAGUCGGCUGCUGCCCGCGCGAGGAAAGCUGAGGCAAAAGCAGCAGCCGAUGCCAAACGUCAGCAGGAGCUGGAAGAUGCCUACUGGAAGGAUGAAGACAAACACGUGAUGAGGAAGGAGCAAAGGAAGGAGGAGAGGGAGAAGCGGCGGCAGCAGCAGCUGGAGCGCAAGAAGGAGCUGCAGCGCCUGCUGGAGGAGGAAGACUCGAAGCUGAAAGGGAAGUCGCCCAAGCAGGUCACUCCGGGCAAAGUCACCAGGGCCCAGAUCGAGGAGACGAUCAGAAAAGACCAACAGCAGAAGGAGAAUGCGGAUACAGUGGAGAAGGAGAAGACUCACUUGGAGGUCCCCUUGGAAGAGAACAUCAACAGGAGGGUGCUGGAGGAGGGAUCAGUGGAAGCCAGGACGAUUGAAGAUGCUAUUGCCGUCCUCAGCGUUGCCAAUGAUCUGGACCGGCACCCCGAGCGCCGGAUGAAAGCUGCCUUCACGGCUUUUGAAGAGGUCAAUCUGCCGCGCCUGAAGCAGAAGAACCCCAACAUGCGCCUCUCCCAGCUCAAGCAGCUCCUCAAGAAGGAGUGGAUGAAGUCUCCAGAAAACCCCAUGAACCAGAGGCACAAAGCGUACAACAGCCAAAAGUAGAACUAGAGCUGAUC